UAUUGUUUCAAUAAUUAUGGAUAUACGUGAACAAUAUGCUGUCAUCACAUGAUAAGAGUUGGUCAGUCAUUAUUCUGUGAGGCAGCAUGAAGGUGAAGGUGUGUGUGGUGUUGGCAGCUCUGCUAGUCUGUGCUCAAGGUGAUCUUUUGAGUGAGCUACUGGAACCAGAGAUAGCACACUCAGUGAAGGAGGGGCCAGACUUCCUUAUCUUGAUCAAUCCCGAUCGUGUCAAUGUUCAGCAAGCUCCUGGGGGGGACCUGUGCAAGCAUCCACGGGUUCGUUGUUCCCUGAGUCGCUCCGUCCCAGUGGACUCCCCCAAAGCAGCCAUUCAGAGAAAGACUGUGGACCUCUGGAGUGUGUUAUUCCGACCAGUCAUGGCCUCAGAGAAUAGCUUUGAUCUGAAUAGUGUGCUUCGUAACCUACAUCCUGGUUACUUCCCAUCACUUGAGGGUCAAGAGGUCAACCUGUAUCUUCUGAGGAAAGGGGAAUUGUAUAGGAUCAAAGAUGGUGCUGAUUAUUGCCGAUUUGUUGGCUGUGGCUUUCAAGGGAUUCAAUUGAACGCAGCAGCUCAAACUAAACUAGAAUCUGUACCAAAAGACGGUCUAGAUUUCCUUAUGAUUUCUCUAGGAUAAGAAGCAACGUUACUGUGUACAUAGUGUGUGUUUAUUGGAAUGACCUUGUGGUACUUGUUAUUGUACAAUGUGAUUAUACUAAUUAUUAUAAGACUAUUG